AUGAAUUAAAAUGAGGACGACUUAUUUUUUAUUUUUGUGUAACGAGUUUACGAAUUGCUAUAAUCCAAAUAAGUAAUCCAAGCCUUAGUGGACAAUGGGUUUGAUUAAUGGGAACAGACCAAAGAACUUACAGUUGACAUCCUAUUAUAAUUGGGAGUACCCAAGGACAAGGCUGCUUACAUAAUUUAAAUCAUAAAUGAAAUUGACAAGCAACCCCUGUCUGCUAAAUCCAAUUCCAAACCUUUGACUCUAGAAUUGAUGACCAAGGGUUUAAAUAAAAAAAAAGAUUAUUCAAAAAGACCACCUCUUAAGAAACAAGAUUAAUUGUCUGAUUGCUGUGUGCUUUCACUUAAUGGGCUAGGAUUAACCUCAUUGAAUGAUUGCAUUUCCAUGGCCAAAGGACUGUAGGUUCUCCACAUUUACGAUAACAAUUUGUAAUAGUUAGUAUUGUAGGAUUUGUAAUUCUUGAGAAUACUAAAUGCAUAAAAUAACUAAUUAAAAUCAGUUGAGUUUGAAUAAUUACCCAGUUUAGAGAAAGCAUACCUUGAUAAGAAUUGUCUGACUACUGUUCCAAUAUUACCAGGUAGAUUGAAUACUCUCUCACUUUCAAGUUAAAAUACUAAAGAAUUCCAAUUCCCAGAUGAAUCAUUUGAAUUGGCAGCCUUCUCUUUAAUCAAUUUGACUUGUGAGAAUUCUAAUGUCGAAUUUAUAUUGACUCUAGGUUCCUUGCAGAACUUAGAGUAUUUAAAUUUGAAAAAUAAUAAAAUUAAAGAAUUCGAUGACAUAGAAGAUUCAAUAUCCAAUCUCCCGAAUAUAAAAGAAAUAGAUCUGAGAGGCAAUCCAAUCACCCAAGUAUAUAAGUAUAGAGAUAGAAUUGUGUUGCUGUGCAAAACUAUAUAAACUAUUGAUAGUAAGACAGUGUUGGCAAAUGAACGGCAAUACCUUAUCAAUUUAGGAAAGUAAAAGAUUUUAAGAAGAAAUCAAAGUUUGGAAGGGAAGAAGCAAACAAUUCAGAAACCAUCUAUAAGUGGAGUCAAACAGAAAAUCCUAUCCAAUGAAGAAUAACGAUUUCAUUAGUAACAGGGCAUAUCAAAAACUAUUAAUUCAGCUAACUAUUUCAAUGAUAACACACCUACAAUGCUUACUAAACAUAAAUGA